CAGUGUUGGCUGUCACAGUGGUCGCUGGAGCAGUGUUGGCUGUCACAGUGGUCGCUGGAGCAGAGUUGGCUGAGGAAUGCGGCUGGGCGAGAGUCAGAGCUGACGAAUGUAAACAGUGACGAGCCACAGCCUCGGUGUCUGCCUUCUGUGGUCCAGAAGACACCUAAAUGAAGAGGAAACAGGAGAGAUGUGUUGGUGAGGAGACAGUGAAAAGAAUUGCAUCACCAAUAUCCCUUGUUCCUGACCGGUACCUGGUUCAGGCACAGCAGUUGGCAACAGUUCAGCUCUUGACACCAGCAUCAGCAGCAAGAUCUCUGAUAGGUGCAUCCUCUGGUGUGUCAGCAGUUGGGGCACUAACAGUUCCCACUGCAGUUGCAGUGGCUGUGCAGGCAGAACAUGGAUCUGUAGGAAGUGACCAGUGCCUGCUUGGAGGAACCAUUACUUACACUCAACCUACAUCACACACUUCUGCAUGUAAUAUUGUACUGGCUUCACCUCCACCUUUUGUCCAAACAUCUGUUUCCAUCACAGAUCACACUGCAGUUCCCAGCAGUAAUUCCAGACCUAAUUCAAUAGGUGUUUCCAAUAUCAUUCCAGUUGGAAGUUCACUUAUCUCAGGUGACAGCAAUAUCAUCUACACAAACAGUUCUACUGAUAAUACUCUUCAUUCCUACAGGAGCAAUAUCUUGAGUAACAGGAGUACUUGUCCUGCCUUCUCAUCUACUACUUCAGAUAACACUAAUUCUUCUUUCUCAUCUACUACCUCAGAUAACACAAAUUCUUCUUUCAGCACAUCUUGCAAUUCAAAUAAUCCUGCUCACACUCCUACUGUGUCUGUACCAUUACCCACAGUACCCAACCCUUAUGCAGUAAAGAGAGAUCAAGAGUCGCUCACAGAGAGACAUAAGCGACUGUCAGAAAGAUUUGAUGCACUGAUUCGUGGACAAAUUCUUGAGCUUGUUAGAGCCAGAGGCCUCAAGAAGACAGUUUGCCCCUCUGAGGUUGCACGCGCUCUCUCACCGAAGGCUUGGCGAGAUUUAAUGCCAGCAGUUCGCAAGAUUGGAACUCAGCUGGUGAAAGAAGGACUGAUUCUUGUGACACAGAGAGGGACUAUUGUUGAUCUUUCAACUGCUCAAGGUCCAGUUAGGUUUGGGCUUGCUGAAUAAGAUGGCCAACUCGGCAGUCAUGAUUGGUAGCCGGAUAGAAUGUGAGGGAGCUCGAGGAACAGUAAAAUGGAUUGGUGAAAUUCCUACCACACAAGGACAGUGGUAUGGUAUAGACUGGGAUGAUGCUGCCCGGGGCAGGCAUAAUGGAUCUCAUAAUGGGGUCAAAUACUUUGAGACAAGGUUUCCUACUUCUGGGUCUUUUGUACGUCCUACAAAAGUGAGCACUGGGAUAUCUUUGGAGGCAGCAGUACGGGGAAGAUAUCAAGGCGACACUGCUGUUGAAUUGCAGGUAACUGAGCAGCUGCAGAGAACAAUCAAAGCAAGAUUUGUUGAGGUUGUGGGGAUGGAUCAAGUUGCAGAGAAACAGGGAAGAUUAGAAGAGUUGGAUACAGUCAUACUGACCGGGUCGAUGGUAUGGGGAACUGAUGAGUGUGACCUACAAAUCAUUUUGCCCAAACUUCAGCAUUUGGAUAUUUCUAACUCUCUCCUCUCGUCCUGGAGCAGUGUUGGGUGCAUCACACGCCAACUGCCUUGCCUUCGCCUCUUGAAUAUAAGUGGGAAUUUACUAGAUGUUCCCAAGUGCCCAAAUGAUCUCCAGGAAAGUGUUGGUCACAUUACCCAUCUGGUUCUCAACAAUAUGAUGGUGUACACCUGGCAAGAUUUUCUCACUUGCUCCUCAAUGUUCCCAAAGCUCAGCAGGUUACAGGUAGCUUUCAAUAACUUGAAAGCACUGGGACAAAUUCCUGCUGGCCUUUUUGAUACAUUAGAAGAACUAGACAUUGGAGUCAAUCCUAUUGCCUCCUGGGAAGAGGUCAAUCAUUUGGGUACAAUUCCAAGGCUUCGAAGCUUGAAUGCUAACGGCUGUCAACUGAGAAUGAUUAAGUUCCCCUCCACAUCCACAACAGGAAAGACCACCCUCUUCCCAUCCCUCAAGCACUUGAUGAUUGUUAACAACCCAUUAGAAACAUGGGAAGCUACAGGAGAACUUAAUAAGUUGGCCAGCUUGGAGGAGUUAGUCAUUAGCUAUGAUGGAAAUGCUUAUCCUUAUUUCCAUGAGUUUACUUUUGCUCGGAUUGCAAAUCUCAAGGUGCUAAAUCGAACUAGACUAACUCCAAAGGAGAAGAGAGACUGUGAGCUGUUCUACCUAAAGUCCUUUGGCAACGAGUACUACAGUAGUGGGGGGAAUGAAGAUGGUGCCACUGAUGCCCUCAGUGAAGACUUCACCCAUAAACAUCCUGGAUAUGCACAGCUUGUUAAAGAUCUUGGUCCGCCUAUGGAUGAAACCAGCUACAAUACCCAGAAGCGUCAAAAGCUAAAAAAUCUCAAGAUUGAGUUGAAGAUAAUUACACCUGAUCAUCCUGAGAGGGAAGAGUAUGUGAAGACAUUUUUGCCUUCAAUCAAAGUGGCCAAAGUAAAAAUGAUGCUUAAGAGGCAACUCAAAAUCAAUCCAGCACUCCCAAUGAGGCUGAGUUACUCCUGUUGUAAGGGAGGUAAGGUUUUUGAAGUUGUGAUGGACAAUGACAUGCAAGAAAUGGCAUACUACUCCAUUCAGGCAGGAGACACACUGCUUGUAAGGUGGUAGUAGCUGCUCGGCCUCAACUAAUUUCAGGUCGGGACGACGCUGCAUGUGCAGUGCAACCCCUUUGCUCUUCCCCCUUACCUUACCUUGAGGUUACCUUGAGGUGCUUCCGGGGCUUAGCGUCCCCGCGGCCCUGUCGUCGACCAGGCCUCCUGGUUGCCGGACUGAUCAACCCCUUAACAUUCCAUCAUUCCAUAUGGGCAGGGUAAACACUGCAUGGGUGGUGAUAGUCCCUGCUCUCUGCCUUAACUAAAGCACUGCACAAAUGUGUACCGAAGCACAGUCCAGGUGUUGUACACUUGGCAAUAUCCAGGAUAACACAUGUUAAUUAUUGGGUAAUAACAAAAUAUUUUGAAAUUAAUUUGAAAUGCAUGUCUGUAUUACAUAACACUAAGGGUGUGAGACAAUAGAAUGAUCAGCUAGUGUUGGUAAGGUCCCUAUUUUGGUCCCCCCCCCUCCCUUUUUAAUUUUUUGUUGUUACCUAAAAGAGAGAGAGAUCUUAAAAUAUAUAUUCUUUGUUUUCAGGACAUCAUAUUCUUAAUUCAUGUACAUUUAUAUUAUACUACAGUAAUAAUUUUUUUUUUUUUUAACUAAUACAGUACUGUAUUGGGUGAAUAAACAAGGAGCCCAUGACAUAGUUACAUAUGGAAGAAGUACCAUACUCAUUAUUAUACAAAUUUCACAGGGAACAAAAUGUUUAGUGUUUCUAUUAAAUAGAAGUCAAGUAGAUAAUGCUGCUACAUGUACCCUUAGCCAAAUUAUUAAAAGUUAGUCAUGCAGCAUGAGAGAGAGAGACAUUGCAACAGCAGCAGCACUGUACAAGUGGCUUACUUGCCGAGUACUAUCCCAAGACUCAACAUGAGGGAGGACGGGGUAGUGUUGUAGUAAGGUGUAAGUGCAGUGUGCCUCUGUAAUGUGAACGAGCAAGAUUUCUGGAAGGUCAGGGGUUGCAUGAAUCAUGUUUACACAUUAUGACUUACUAUGUAUUGGAUAAAUAAAAUAGUGUGAGACAAAUGUAUAUCCCUGAAUAAUGUAAUAAAUAACUGAAGUAAACAUUUUACUUUAUACAGUACAGUAAUAAAAUUGAUUGAGAAACAAAUAAUUACCUGAGUGACUAAAUUGCUUAUGUAUUACAAAGGUGUGUGAAACAGUCUAAGAAUGAAGGUCAUAGAGCGGAUAACGGGCAUAAAAAUACUGGUGUAUAGCACUCGGUAGUUACACUAAAGGAAUGUUUUCAGGAAACGUACAUAUCACAGCAGAGAGGUCCUAGGUUCAGUUUCUGUGGCAGGACAAAAACACUUGGGCAGUGUUUUUUCACCUAGCAACAAGUAGGAACUGUAUUAGGAAUUAGACAAACUGUUGUGGGUUGCAUCCUGGGAAAGGUAAAUGUGUGUCCUAGGGGUGGGGGGGGGGGCCUUGAUAAGCCUAACGGGUUUCCCAUCCUCAGUGAUGGGGAAACUAGACCUUUAAUGAAGUAUCUAAAAUAUUUUAGUGGUGUGUGUUGACAAAUAAUGCUUAAAGCUUUAAAUAAUAAUAUUGUAUUCACAUAUAGGAUUGCUAUUUCCUCUGGACUUGUUCAUUUAACAACUAUCAUAUUGUUCGAUGAGGAGACGACGACGUUUCGGGCCAUCCUGGACCUUUAUAAGUCGGUUUAAUCUUUAUAUCUUCAGCCACAUUAUUGUGACUCAUUGUCUGCAUCAUAUUGUUUGUUAAGGCUCAUUAAUCCCAGCAGUGCAGCAGCAUCCCCAUUACCAAAAUGUUUUGUUACCUGCUCCCACACUGACAGGUGUUCACAAUUGUGAUAAUCAUAGGGUAAAGAUUUAGGAAAAUAAAGACUCAAACUAU